ACUUUUAUUUACUUCUCUGCAAUAGAGUACAUAGCAAUCAUAACCAAAUGAGAAGUAUCAAAGCAGUCGUUGUUGGUGAUGGUGGUGUAGGUAAGACCUGUCUUCUUAUAAGUUACACCACAAACACGUUCCCAAAUGAUUAUAUUCCCACCGUGUUUGAUAACUAUUCCGCCAGUGUAAUGAUCGACGGUGAGCCGAUCAAACUUGGACUUUGGGAUACUGCCGGCCAGUCCGAAUAUGAUAGAUUAAGACCAUUGUCUUAUCCGCAAACGGAGAUCUUCCUUGUUUGUUUCUCGGUGGUGAAUCCUGAUUCAUACGAGGAUGUGCGUACCAAAUGGAUUCCUGAGAUUAGACACCAUUGUCCUCGAGACGUGUUAAUUUUGUUGAUUGGUACUAAGAUUGAUUUAAGAGAAGAUUUCCACGUGUUGGAUGAAUUACAAGCUAGAGGGAUAAAUGUAAUAACUGAGGCUCAAGGGAAGAAAUUGGCCCGAGCAAUUGGGGCUAUCGAAUACUUGGAAUGCUCGGCAGCAACUCAAGUAGGGGUUCAAGAAGCAUUCGACUAUGCUAUUAGAGCCGUUUUGGAGCCUCCAAGUACUGAUCCAGUGGAUCUGAAAGUACCAAACUCUGGUAAGCUGGACCAUUCUGUACCAGCAGGGCAACAACGCAGUGGUAUAUUCAGGAGGUCAAUGAGCAAUAGUGAAUCCCGAAGAAUCAAGCGAAAAAAGUGUGUAAUUUUGUAAGAUAUAGAGAGGGUGGCAGAGAGAAAGAAGUGAAGUUCCUUUUUUGUUCGAACUUAAUAAGUAUAUAUAUAUAUUAAUGCAAUUUGGCCAGUUUUAGUGGACUAAUCCUGUAAUUGAGCUAAUCUUGACGGAUGGAUACCCUGAGGUGGUUCCUUUGUUGUCUCUUUCUUCUUUUUCUUGAGAUCAUCAUUUUUCCUUCGGUCUUCCAACAUCUUUUCAUUCUUUUCUUUAAGUUUAUUUCGUCUAAAUUCACUAUUACCACCUCCACCAACAGUUAACUCAACGUUGAUCUUUCUGUUUCUUAAUAAUGUGUGGUGCAUACGUAAUGCAAGUUCCAUUUUACUUUGAAUUUCCUUGGUAUCGUUGUCAAAUUCAAGAAAUGCGAUCCCUUUGUCAGGACGAAUUCUUAUUCUAUCAGGACUGGAAUUUUUAAAAUGAGCAGUUAAUUCAGUUGGGGUGGCGUCGUAAGGUAAGUUACCUACGAAUAUAAUAAAACGAGGACCAGCACCUCCAUUGACACCUUUUCCUUUCUUACCACGUCUUGUCUUUCUCUUUUUCACUGGUGGUUGGUCUUCAGUAUUAGCAUCUGUUGUUGGCUCUUUAACUUCUUCUUCUUCCUUUUCAGUUUCAGCUUUUCUCUUCUUUUCCUUGAUCUCCUCUCUUUCCUCUUUGGUUUUUCUAAAUCCAAGGGCCUUCUUUUGUUUCUUAGAUAAUUUCUCUUCACUCAUUUGCGUACUAGUUUACGAAGAAUGCAU